AUGGUACAGUACCUCCAUUUUAGGAUCCUGGAAUUCCCAUUGAUUAUUAUUCAUUAUCACCAUCAUGAUUUACUGCAAGCCAAUUUCCCACAUCACCGAUCACCGGAUGGCUCCCCUCGUCUCCUGAAAAAAUCCAAGGCGCAAGGUGCUGUGGCCUGUCGCGUGCGUGGCUCUGUGCUACGUGUGGCGGGCCAAACCUUCGGUGCCAACGUCAAGGUGCAGCUGGUUGCACAGGUGGAGGCAGACGUCGUGCAAGGCCCUUCCUUGCUGUCGCGAAGUGGCACUGCAGCGGCGGAAGUGCUGGUCCAAAGCCAGGAGAGGCAUUUCACAGCCACGCAUUCAUUGCAGAAGUACCGAAGCGUCCAGGACGACAAUCUGACGGCGUGUGGAGACCAGGGGAUGCGGAUGGAUGCGGUGUGGAUUGUCUCCUUGUCACAGUUCCGGCUCAAUGAGCACGAGCCCCUUCGAUUGGGCUUUGCUCUCGACGAGGUCACGGGUCAAGGUUACCAUGGACGACAUGGGCUCCGGAGCUGCCUGGGAUGCCAGGAGGCUGCCGCCGUGGCCAUUGCCAACGGAAAACCACCUGCUUGUGCCCAGUGCGGCCGGAGGGAUCCGAAGGGCCGCGUGGAUGAACGCCAGACCAAAGAAUUCUACUGUUUGGCGUGCUGGAGCAGCUAUGAAAGUGACAGGCUGAUCGAGUACUUCGAUUCAGAAGCUGAGCUCCACGCCAAGUGUCAACAGUUGGCAGAGAUGAUUUCCCAGGCUCGCCAUGUCCUUGCCUUUACGGGGGCUGGCAUUUCCACGGGCGCGGGCACAUUGGCAGCAACUGCGAAGGGAGUUUGGGAUGACAUGCUGAUGACCUGGGUUUGGGAACGCCCCAAGUCUAGCGCGUCACCGGGCAACAUUUUGGAGCAAUGCGUGCAAGCGACUCCUGGACGAACGCAUCUGGUGUUGUCCAGGCUAUGGAAAGAUGGUAUUUUGAAGCACAUCAUUUCGCAGAAUGUAGAUGGGCUGCACCGCAAAUCUGGCAUCCCUGCUGCAGCCCUCAGUGAGCUGCAUGGGAACAUCUUUGUGGAGAGGUGCACCAAGUGCGGUGCCGAAUUUGAAAGAAACUUCAACACCAUUUGCUCCGGCGGGCUCACUGGUCGUUUCUGCGAACGCGGCGCUUGUCAGGGACCGCUACGGCAUUCCGGGGUGGGCUUUGGGGACGACCUUCCGCAGAAGAUUCUGCACCGGGCUUGGGCCCAAACCGACACUCGGUACCGGGGCGGCUUGAAAUAG